UUGUUUUCAGUUGCUAAGAUCUUCAAAGCCUUUCUUUUGUUAUGAUUUUAAAUAAUAUGCAGCGUGAAUCGUAAAUUGGAAUACUUCCUACAGAAGAAAUAAUUAUUGUGCGUUGCAGUUAGUGGUAUUUUUCGACGGUAAAUCAAAGAUCGCAAGGACAUACAAGCUAUUUUUUUGUGUCAAACAUUUGUUGACGUUGACAAAAAGUGACCUUUCAAGAGAUUUGCUGCCAAGUUCUUCUUUGCUCUUCAUAAACUUUGUGCUGUUUUACUCAAAUAUAUAUUAGAGACCUUGCUUUUGAGUGGAUGGAUCGUAUCUUGGGCAUACAGAACAAGAAUAGUCUGUCUAUACCUUGAUGUACAAAAUGUGAGAAGUACAGUUUUGGUGAUAUUUGACUUCUGAAAGGUUAAGGAGAAAGAGUUUUGAACAUGGAGUUUCCGUUCAACGUGAACCAUGUCUUACCGGAGACUGUUACCCUGGUGGAUGAAAAUUUUUCUCCAUUUCGAGAAAAAUUCAAACAUGACAGGGUUUUAUUCAACUCAAAGCAAAAAGAGUUAAAGAAUAUUGUUGACCUAAUGGGAGAGGCAUCAGCUAAGGCCCAGAAUUUGAAGGCUUCCAUAACCAGUGCCAUCAAGCUGGCUACUUCAGAUCAUAGAUUAUACAUACUGAAAGAUCCACCAGCUAAUAAUGGUCUUGGUGCAGUAAUUGGAAUCAUUAAGAUUGGUCAUAAAAAGCUAUUUGUCCUGGAUUACCAUGGGAAUCAACAUGAAGUGAACCCCUUGUGUGUACUGGAUUUCUACAUCCAUGAGUCCAAACAAAGAACAGGAUGUGGAAAGAUUUUGUUUGAGCACAUGAUCAAAAUGGAAGGAAUAGAGCCUGGACAAUUAGCUGUUGACAGACCAUCUCAUAAAUUCCUAUCAUUUCUGAAGAAACAUUACAAUUUGGACAAACCAAUUCCACAAGUCAACAAUUUCGUGGUGUUUGCAGAGUUCUUUAGAGACCUCCAAGCUGUGGGUCUGGUUUCUAGAAGACACCAACGCUUUUCUGUUAACAAUCCCAAAGAUUGUCCUCCAUUAUACCCAUAUAAACGACCAGUGGACAAUGACAGUCUCCUUCCAAAAAGACAGGCAGUCAGUCGUCAAUCUCCAACCAACCUUCCAUCAUCAUCAAGAAAAGAGGUUCCAGUAACUUCAAGACAAGCCACAAACGAGUUCAACACCUCACAGCCCAUGGACAUUGAUAAUACCAGGAGAAGCUCAGGCGAAGCCAUGGCAACGGGAACCUCGAGAAACAGCCAAGGCAAUGACGAGUUUUUGAAAGAAAUGGACGUCAAACUGCCUCCUUUGGCACCCAGGCCUCCUGGGAGACACUCUGCCUCACGGUCUCAAGUAGGGUCUGCAGGAUCCAGAUGGAUACUGGAAUCAAGUGGCAUCCCAGAUGCAUUCAACGCUGACCGAGGUCUUGCUGCACGGGCCACGAGCUACAGCCGCUAUAACACUUCCAGAGAGAGUUCGGCACCUGAAAUAAGAACAAGAAGACUGAAAGGAGAUGAAAGAGGGCAGCUGGACAGUUUUGAAAGAGUGUCGAGUGGAGGACGGAAAAGAAAUCUUCACCUGACCUCGGCAGGGAAUCCCUUGCAGGUUGCAGGAACGCCGACCAAGCAAGCCGAAUAUAACAAGUCACCAGUAAAAAACUCACCUAUGGACGUGAACGCAAACAAGCCAUCGAAAGCAGAUGGAGUAAAUCCAAGCUUUAUAACAUCAACUGGAAACUACUCUGUAUCUCAAAUGUACAAUAAUUAUUAUGGACAAAAGCGUUCGUUUGGAACAGGUUGGAAUAUAUUCGGUGUACCUCCGGGUACCAAUUAUGGGAUUGGAAGAAAUAACACGUCUAGAACAUUCCCCUAUUAGAAGAUGUACAAUACGUAUUAUGGACCAAAAGGUUCCUUUGGAACAGGUUGGAAUAUAUUCCUUGUAAUUCCUGGUGCUAAUCAUGGGAUUGGAAGAAAUAACACAUCUAGAACAUUCCCCUAUUAGAAGAUGUAUAAUACGUAUUAUGGACCAAAAGGUUCCUUUGGAACAAGUUGGAAUAUAUUCCUUGUACCUCCUGGUGCUAAUCACGGGAUUGGAAGAAAUAUAGACUGCGAGCUAAGUCCCUCUAUUUCCCUGGGUCACUGUCCGUCUGUCCUCGACCAAUCGACACGGACAGACAGACGGACAGUGACCAAGGGAAAUAGAGGGACUUAGCUCGCAGUCUAGAAGAAAUAACACAUCUAGAACAUUCCCCUAUUAGAAGAUGUACUACACGUAUUAUGGACCUAAAGGUUCCUUUGGAACGAGGGUAUAUUUGGGGUACCACCAGCGAGGUAUCAAUUAUGCCAAAUCUGGCUGCCUCAAUUGACUCUGAAUGAUUUGACACCACACCACACUUAGUUACCGUUACUAUGUCACACAAGCGCAACAAAUUACAGUAGCUAGAAUAGGUAUUUCUGAAUUUAAAAACUUUGAUCACGGAAAAUUGAUUAUAAAUCGUUUCAACUGUUUACUGUCCUGCACAUCAUGAAAGAAAAUUGCCUCGUAAUCCUUCUAGCACAUUAAAACAGAUACUGCGAUGUUGUUCGUAGGACAAGAUCUUGAUUCCACUGGGUAAUCAGCUUUCAUUCAAGUUAUUCCAAAAUUUGAUUUAAAAUUACAAAGUCACGAUGAAUUUGUGAUUCGAUCUGACCAACUUUCUAAUUUUUAGUAAAUUUUUUUCUAAAUUCAUCUAUGCAAUUGUGAAAAGAAUAUUUUAAAUGUAAAAAUGUGAAUUAUGAACGAAAAUAAAGAAGUAUGCAAAAUAAA